UCCGUCGGUGGAGACGGUCGCACUGCUCCAUCAGUCAGUGCGAAAGAGACACAGCGAUAGUGUGAAAGCGAGAAGGCGCGUGUGUUAUUGUUAUUGUUUUCAUUACAAGGCGUGAGACGAGUGCGAAAUGCUAGUGUUUUCGUUGCUCCGCUGAAUGGCGCAACGGAAUGAAAAAAGCUGAUAAAACCCGAAAACAAAUCGAGGGUAUUGCAAGAAAUUGAACGGAAACUGAUAAGCAUAAAAUUAAUGAACCAUUGCACCUGUGGAAGCGGUAUUAAAUGGACAGAAUCUCAAUUGCACUUGGAGCCAACGGUCGGCGAGCAAUGUUAGCCUAGAAGCCGGAGGCUACAGCCACCAGAAUGUCCAGCUAGCAUCCUCAGGAGCCCCGAUCUCAGCCAGGCGCCGCAGACAUAACACAUCGAAAGCCCAGAAAAGUGAAGGACUCGAAUUCGGAGCACAUUUCUGAUUACCAAACAUGGCUCACUUCAGUGGUCAUCGCCAGCCGGCGGCAGUGCCGUCCCAUUUCAAGGAUCUCUUUACCAAUGGCCAGUUGGGUGCGGCGGAGGAGAGCAACAACAAUGACCAGAACGAGCAGGAGAAUCGUCCCAGUAACAAUAACAAUGCUGGACCUUCGGAGCCCGCCUGCUGGGUAUUCGGUUACGGAUCCUUGUGCUGGCAUCCUGGCUUCAACUACACCAAGUGUAUUACGGGAUAUAUCCGAGGAUAUGUUCGCCGCUUCUGGCAGGGCAACGUCACACAUCGUGGCUGUGAAGAGAAGCCUGGACGUGUUGCAACGCUCGUUGAGGACAAAGAGGGAAUCACUUGGGGCUGUGCCUACAGAAUAACAGGCAGCACGGCACUGGAUUAUCUCAAGCAGCGCGAGUGCACACUGGGUGGCUAUGCAACAAUCGAUACCAAGUUCUUCCCGCGCGUCGCCUCACAGGACACGCCCUUUAGCGGCGAGGCGGUCGAGGUACUGGUCUAUGUGGCCACGCCAGAGAAUAUCCAUUGGUUGGGCGAUGACCCGGUGGAGGAGAUUGCCCAGCAGAUCGUAUCCUGCCGCGGUCCCAGCGGACACAAUGCCGAGUACCUGCUGCGCCUGGCCCUGUUCAUGCACGAGGAGAUUCCCGGCGUAAGGGACGAUCAUCUGUUCGAGCUGGAGCGAUUGGUUUUAGAGGAACUGUACCGCCGCCAAAUACCUCUGUCGUCUGUGAUGGGCCGCAAUCCAGAUAGGAUACGCCGCGACUCGCACGAGGACAUUCGCCGCCCGCCAUCGUUCGAGUUCACAUCCCGUGUCCCCGAUACCAAGCUGCGUUGCCUGAACAUUUGAUUGCUGCUGUGCUGGCGGCCGAGUGGUAUGCAGGUCGCGUUUUUUGCUAAAGCAAAUUCCAAAUUAUUGAUUGACAUUUUAGCAUGUUAGGUUACGAGUCUAUUGCCAAAUUCGACGUAUUUCUUUAAAUUGUAAAUAAUCCUAGGCCUAAUUAUAAGCAGUGAUCUGAUUUAGCCAAUAAGCUAGAAUUAAGCACAAAGAACUUUUUACGCGCAACUGUCAGGGAGUUAAAUUACAUAUGAAAAGAAGUGAA